CUGCAACCGAGUGGACUGUCACUGUCACUGACGAUGAGCAUCGAGCAGAACGAGCUCAAUGACGAGCACCCACUCGUCCUCGAACUCUCCAGUCUCAGACAAACAGCAGCUCGCUUUCAGCAUGAAGCACACCAAGCUGCUCUCAAACUUCAACGUCACACUCUAGCAGCAGCCCAAACAAACGUCCGCUUACAUUUCCUCGAAUCACAAAAUUCCUUACUUGCGUCUGAGCUCACUAUCCUCCGCGCUCACCCAUUACCCAACUCCCAAUCAGACACCCACGUCGUCCAAGAGCUCACUCUCGCCCUAAGACGCUCUUCCGAGAAACUUGACCUCACAGAACAUGCAUUAGCAGAAAGGACAGCCGAAGUCGUAAACACCCGUACCGAAGCCCAAAAAGCACGCUACGACGCAGGGGGCGCUUAUAAACUCGCCGCAAGUGCUCGUGCCCGCGAAGAGGAAGGUAAAGUCCGCGAACGUGGCUUGGAAACGCGUCUCCAAGCUGUAGAGGAGGAACGCAGGCUCAUAGAGCUCGUGGUGCACGAGUAUGCUGAUCUCGUGCGCAGUUUGGAUGGCAGGAAGAGCUCGCUUGGUAAUGGGGGUGCAGUACUGCAAAACACGUCUGCGUCUGCAUCUUCUCUCACUCUCGUCGAAGGGCUCCAUGAGGGUAAAUCAAGCUUGCAUCGCCUCAUAACUGAAUUUGCUUCCGAGAUCGAGAAACGAGAAACUAGCAUUACCCAGCUACGCAAUGAGAUCGCGAAUUUGGAGAGCAUCCUCGAUGCAGAGCGUAAAACAGCCGCUCAAGACCGUGCUUACCUCGCAAAAGCGCAGUUAGAACUAGAGGCACUAAAGCUAGACGAUACCACAGCAGCCAAGAUGGUCUCCCGAUACAUGAAAUUUUCGCAGUCCCAGACUAAUGCCCUUCAAUCCACACUCACGACUUUCCAAACACGACACGCAUCCACCCAACAUACUCUCCAAUCCACAAUCAACGAUACCGAAGCACGGAUGCAUGCUCACAUGGCCGAGAACGCACGUCUUCGCGACGCCUUAGAAGAACUCGGCGAAGAAGUCACCAGGGAAGCAUAUGGGCGGAGGAGGGAGGUUGCACUGCGUCUUGCCCUUCUCGCACGGGAAGAAGCGCUCGGCGAAGCCCUACGCAGAUGGGUUCGAAGAGCCCAAGAAGGUAUACACCGCUGCACAGACGCAGAUAGUCAGACGUAUGCAACUUUUGAGCUGGCUGUGAACGGUGCGGAGAGUCUUUUGAUGGCACUGGAUGCGGAAGUGGCUUUGGGGGAUGGGAGUUUGGUUACUGGUGUAUUGGGGAGAUUAGUUCUUGCUAAGGACGCCGUGAUGAGGAUGAGUGAAGAAAUUGGGGUGGAAGUUGGAAGAAGGGUCGCUGCUGAGCGGAGGCUUUCUUGGGGCAUAGGGUCCCCCGACGGGGUUGUCCACGAGCAGAUCAUUGCGGUCGGAAGAACACCCAUUGAUGUUACAGAACAGCCAGCUCAUACACAAGACACGAACACUGAUAUCUCACAUACCCAGGAUCUAAUACCCGCUUCUCCACAAGCACUUACACCUCCUCCAAGUCUCCCAACAGAGGACAACAGGUGUACGUCUGCACCCGUCAUAGGCGACAUCAUGCCUGGUACUUCACAUCUGCUUCUUGAUAUACCCACUGAAUCAAGCCAGUCGCCUGCUGUCCCGACCCUCGAUCUGACCCAGACCCCCACUGAGAAAGAGGCGUGUAUUCUGCUGCAGUCUGCCGAACUACGUACGCCUUUGGCUUCCGCGAAUGAGCUGACUAUGGAGCCUGUUGACAUGGAUGGAAUUUCGGAUACUCAAAAAGUUAAAUUGCACGUUCAAACACCUGAUACUGAAGGUACAACUUUACCCGUCGUAGGCGACACCACGCCUGGCACUUCGGAGCUGCUUCUCGAUUUACCCGUCGAACCAAGUCCGUCGCCUGCAGUCUCAAUCCUCGAUCUGAUUCAGACCCCCGCUGGGGAGCGCAACCCUUUGGCUUCUGUGAAUGAGUCGACUAUGGGGCAUGACACCGAUGGAAUUUGGGAUACUAAGGAUACCCCACUACCCCUUCCCCUAACGAAUCUUGCAGUAAAAGAAGAAAGUCCCACCAACCAAUUUUUGGGAAGAAACGAAGAUUCUGGUGUCUUCUUCACUCCAGCUGCUCCAACUCCAGAAGUUCAAGCAGUCGCUCCAGCUAAUGAACCCAACAACUUAACCGCCACCAUCAUUCCCUCAUCACAAUCUCCCUCCAUCCCAGAUGAAAUCCCAUCCUUACUAUCCUCCCUCACCAAAGUCAAUCACCGCUAUGAUGCCUUCCAACACGCAUUCCGUGACUGCUCUCUCGCACUCAAAGACCUCAAACGCUUGCUCCCUCCCAUCGCUAUCGCUUCUCCGCCGACACUGACACCAACACCUUCUCACUCUCCCCAAUCCCUCCUCCGUACCGCCCUAGACCGCAUAUCCGACUACACCGAAGACGCCCGUGUUGAGCUCGAAAUCCGUAUCACAGAUGAAGCGCUCACCAUUCGCGGCUUCGAGACCCUCCUCACCGUUCCAGGUGCGCUGUCCCUUUCAUCGGAUUCGAAUUUGGACCUUGAAGAAAUGCGUGCAUUUAUUGAUGGGCGUGAUGAGGGUGUGAGGAAGGCUGGGGAGAGGCUUGAGAAGAAAUUGGGGGAUGUGCAGCAUGAUGUGGCGGUUGUCAAGCGAGCAGUUCAUGACCUUCAGGUUCAGCUUGACGAGGAGAGGGAACCAGAGGAAGACAAGAGCUGGUCCGCAUGGACAUCAAGCCUCCUCCCUCGUUCAUCCACGCCUACACCAACCCAAACGCCUACGUUCGGUUCUGUGAUGACUUCUCCGCGAUUGAGGCGUUCCCCCUCAGUGAAGCAGCUUUCUUCGCUUGCGGAGCUAGAGUUGAGGAUUCCUAUGCCGUUGCCUGCCUCGACACCUCAACCUCAGCCUGAGUAUGGGGGCCUUGGUCUUGGGGUGGGAUCUGGAGAAUUUUCGCUGGGGUUGGGACGUCAACGGACGAUGUCGAUGAUGUAUUCGUUGGGGAUUGGGUCUAGGGCUUCGGUUUCGACUUCGCCGUUGGGGUCGGUCUCGCCGUUGGGGAUACCUGGGAUGUCGCCUGUGAAGAGUGUGAAGAGUGGGGGAAGUAGGAAUAGGUUUGUUACGACCCCGCUCACUGGUGAGACCCGCCGUGACCGUGAUGAAAGUGAUGUCGAGUGAUAGGUUUGGACACUUGCCAUGCGUGCAAUUUGAUGUCAUACUUGGUUGUUCUAUUGCUCUGUAUGAUACAUCAGUUGCUAGGUUGGGACUGUUUUGCAUACCUCCUACUUGUGUAAGUAUAGUAGUGGGAUCAUUGAUCACUUGCACAGAUUGCGAGCGCUUAAUAAGUUACAACGUCGGGACCGUCAUCGAUGGACAUGACUUGGUCACGUGUAGAUAAAACGUUUCGUGGAGCAAACGCAACUGCUCCCCAGCCUCAGGCCCAGACUCAGACUUCUCCUUCAGCCAAGC